AUGCCAACGAAACUUUAUAUUGGCAAUGUUCCACCAACAGUAAGUUCAACGGAAUUAAAAGAACUAUUUGAAAAAUAUGGCAAAGUACUUGAAUGUGACAUUGUGAAAGAUUAUGCAUUUGUUCAUAUGGAAGAUGCAAGUAAAGCAAAAGCAUCGAUAGCAGCUUUAAAUGAUUUUAAUAUAAAAGGAAGUCGUAUUAGAGUUGAGAUUUCAACGACACAACUUCGAAACUCAGGUGAUCGUGGCGGCGGUGGUGGUGGCGGUCGUUCAUCUCGUCGCGGAGAAUCACCACGUUAUGAUUCUGGUUCAAUGUCAAUACGAUCAUCUCGAAAUCGUGAUUAUCCGAUGAUGUCGUCAAGUCGAAACGGUAGUUAUUCAAGUGGUGGUGGUGGUGGCGGAGGUGGUGGUCCUGAUCGAUCGUAUCCAAGUAUGCGUAAUAGUUACAUGGACGCACGAUCUCGUCCGUAUGAUUCACCAUAUGAACGUCAACGUAUACCACCACCACCAAUGAGUUAUCAUGAUCCAUAUAGUCGUGCUGGUGGUGAUCCAUAUAGUAUGCGUAGUGGCGGUGUUGAUCCGUAUGGUCGUGAUGAUUUCUACCAUCAACGACCGCCACCAAUGCCGAUUGCAGAUCAUUAUGGACGUGGUCCACCGAUGCGGUCUCCUUACGAUGCCUACGCUGGUUAUCCACCUGGACCGAAUUCGAUGGGACCACCAAGAAGUCGUUAUGUUGCUUCACCACCAAUCUCACGUAAUGGAUCUGGACGUUAUGGAUCACCAUCACGAUCAUCAUCUUCUCGUCGUCCAACAAGAAGAUCACCACCACCAUCAUCUUCCAGUUCAUCACGAUCACGUCGAUAG